UGACCUGGUUCAGCUCGCGAUGUAACAAUAUUCAAUAAUUCCAGGAUUAAAUAUUUUUUAGAUAAUGGUGCCUUUGGGAAUGUAUUCAUAUUGGGUGAUAGUGCGUAUCCUAAUGGACCAUAUUUGAUGACACCUCUUACAGCGCCAGUAACACCUGUACAACACUUAUUUAAUGAAGCGUUUAUUAGAACGCGCAAUAUUGUAGAGCAUACAUUUGGAGUCUGGUCGCGAAAAUUUGCUGUUCUACAUAUAGGCUCGCGAUUUCACAAAGUGGGAAGAACUUUACAUAUGAUAAUAGCAACGGCAGUGCUUCACAACAUAGCUCGAAAGGUGCAGCCAGCUCCUCAGAUUAAUCCAAAUAUUUACAAUGCCAUUCCACAACUCCAAAACUUUCGACCUCCAGUUGGAGCAGAUGUCAGGCAAUAUCUAAUAGAUACUUAUCUUCAAAGGAUGCAGUGCUAACAACAUUACCGCAUAUCGGUCACUUCAUGGCAGCAUUAACAUGCGGAUUAUUAGUUGAUCAUGUUCGAGAGUCUGGAAUUGUUUCUACUACUACAGCACGAAAACUGGUGGUUUAUACAGCACACUUUAUACCCGCGGCUCUAUUAUUUGUUGCGGGGUAUGCAGGCUGUCAAGCAUUAGGCGCUGCAUGGUUAGGAAUCGCCGCUCUUCUUGUAUCUGGCACGGCUCCUGCGGGAGCAUUAGCAGCAGUGGCUGAUCUUGCGCCAGCUGAAUCUCCUGCGUGUGCAGCGGCUGCCUGUGCCCUUUGUUCAACACUUGGUGCUGCGGGAUUACUAGCAGCCAAUUAUUUCGUUAUACAAGCAAUUCAUGGAUCUAUUGCCGGCUCCUGGCGGUUAGUUUUUGGAGUAGCAUCACUUGUCCUUCUCAUAACUGCUGCAGUAUUUCUGGCAUUAGGAAAAGGUGUUCCUCAGCCUUGGAUACCUUCAGUUGCUCGACCUCGGAGUCAUGAUGUAAUUUAUGAACAAAAUGAUCUUGAGCUUGAUUAUGAAGAUGCUGCGGUACAGACUGAACCAUUAAAUUCUUUUUCAACUGUAAGCUUUGAAGAAACGGAAAAUGCUACCAAAGUGCAAAAAAAUGCAUCUAUUUAUCCUGAACGUUCUACAGUGGCUUCUGUUUAUACUCAUUGAUUAAAUAACUAUAAUUUUUACAAAUAAGAGUUAAAUAUUAAUAAAAGCAGUUGAAAACAAGUAACAAUAGUAUAUUGCACUCCUGAUUUUCUUACAUAAUGAAUGAAAUUUUUACAAUGUUUCUAUAAGUAAUAUGUGAGAAUAAAAGCCAGAAGUAAUACAAACGAAUCUUCUGUCAAGAGCUCAAACAAUACUAUGUAGUUACGUCCACAUUUGUAUUUAUCUCUUUGAUCUAAUUUUUAAUGUGAAUAGACUAUUGUUAGUAUGAGAACUAAAGAAUGAAUGUGAAAUAAGAAAUUGCCAUCAUAAUAUACUACUGUUUUGUGUGUAAUAUCGAAAGUUAAUUUUAUAAAAUCAAAUGAACACUUUCAAUAUGUAUUAGUGUUACAGACAUUCAUAAACUAUGAUUGUUUCUAGCAGAA